AUUAACGGUUACGUUGUGUCGGCUCUGCGGCUUUCAAGUGCCCCUGAAAAGCGAUUGAAAAACACCCACAUUCCACAUUUCCCCAUUAUUCCGGCAGCAUAUUGUCUGAGUCAAUUACAACAACUCGCGUCUGGCGAUGGCAGCGAUCGCAGCUAUGUGUGUGUAUGGCGAACGCCUUCGAUGGGCGGACCAUCUCUAGGAUAAGCCCGCAGGCGGUGGCAACUAAUUUCUUUUUACAACUGUAGCAGUUCCUCAGCUUUAUGGAAAGGCACAUUGCCUACACUAAGGCAAAAAACUCGAGUGGUUCGUCUUUAAAUCCAAAAUGCUCAGUAUUCUUCAGCGGGAAAGCCUUAAAGCUGGCGGAGAUUAAAAGAGAUGGCAUUUGAUGCACGGAAGGAUGCUCUCAAAGUCUGUCUCGAGAUUCCCAAAUGCCAAGCCAAGGUGUGGGAAAGUAUGUAAUUAAGUUGCCAAUUGAAGGAUAACAGGAUAACGUGAAAUGUGUCAUGCGAUUGUUUCGAAAUUAAGGUGUUCGUUCAAAUGAUUAACCUCGCUUUGAUUUACUCACUUGAAUAUCUUAAAAAUACAGUCAGCAUGGAUUAGGGAUUUAGUCCCAAUUGCCGCUCCUUUGGGACCAUGUUUUUCUCGCCGUGCAGAUGUUUGCAGAGCCUCAAACAGCUGCUGCCAGGCCAAGCCAAGCCAAUAACCCAAAGGAGAGCAGCCACGAGGAGUCGGAGCAAACUGUUUACUUGGAGCAGACUGUCCUCACACACACAUACCACACACUAGAAAGGACCAAGGACGUUAUGGCCGAGGGGAAGGAACGAAGGAGCCCAAGGAACCGCAAAACUUAUGCCUUGGCCCAGAAGCAGCCAUUGAAAAGUCGUUAGCAAAACGUCAGACAACACACGGCAUUUGGCCAAAAGGAUGCGGCUGCUGCUCCUACUGCUCCUUGGGAUCUUUGCAGUCCUUGGAAUCCUCGCAUUACUAAGGAUACGGCUGCGGGGUCCUGGCUUUGCAACUUUGCGGCGUGGCUACCGAAAGGCCCGCCAUAAAAUAGAGCCAAGUAACCAGCUAAACUCUUGAUGGAGCUGCAAAACGGGGCUGCAAGACAAACAUCAACAAAAUUCCAUCGUCGUCGGAACUGUGCCCAGUGUAUCCACACACUCAUAUGCUUACACGGCCAACUGGGCGAGAAGGCGAAGUGGGUGCCCCUGUCACACUUGGCCAUCCCAAGCGGCAACCUGGCCAACUCCCGAGGCCUGACACCAAUACUAAUGCGUGCGAUUAACAUUCGGAAUGGUCUGCUUCCAGACGGAGAUUUGAUGGUGGUGGUGGUGGUGGUGCAGCGAGGACGAAGGACGCAGGACUUCUGGCAAUCGGCAAGCAAUUGGCAUGGACGCGACUCUGGGCUUUGGGCCACAUACGAUGGGCAUAACCCGUCGUGGGGCUGCGGACACGGUCAGAUGGCUGCGGUACAUGUGUACAUGUGUAUCUGUGUAUCCACACCCACACUCGCACACACACCUUCGCCUACACAUGUUCCACAUAUCCCACAUAUUCCACACCCAGUUACACAUGCACAUGUAGAAUCUAAGCCAACACGUACGCCCACGCAUACACACGGCUGCAUAUGUUUGUUAUAAGUCCCCCUGCAAAUAUGCGAUAAACUACUUGCCACCUGGGGGGUUUCCCGGGCUCGGGCUUUGUGUGGCGCUGACGGUGGUUGGGUGAUUCCAGGACCUCGGAAUGGUGUCGGCUACACGAAAAAUGGCGGCAUGUCCUGUCUUGUUGCCGCAACGUGUGUCUUUCGAUCGGAUGGCAAGAGUGGCCGGAAAUGGCCAGGGAUGGCAAACAACGCGACGCUGAUUCAAUUGCACUGUAUCCUGUUUCAAUCGAGUGAAUUUAUCAGAUUUUUCAGAUUGCGAAAUGAGUACGAAAGAAUGCUCGUUUGCUAACUUGAUAUUAAGAGCCUUAACCAUUCGUUGAACUAUUGUAUAACUAAUUGAAUAACUUCUGUACGCCUAAAACUACAAACUAUAUCCCUUUGUAAAAUAAUAGUUAAGCUCUUCACUUUAAUUUCAAUCACAAUAUACGAAUAAAAAUGUAAUUCCGCCAUGUCAUUUCGUUUGGCAUUUGAGUAAGUAUGAAAUUGGA